GCGGACCCUUGAGUGAGUGUCGGUGUGAAUGGUCGCGGACCCUUGAGUGAGUGUCGGUGUAAGUGGUCGCGGACCCUUGAGUGAGUGUCGGUGUAAGUGGUCGCGGACCCUUGAGUGAGUGUCGGUGUGAAUGCUCGCGGACCUUGGGGCAGGGCGAGGCAGCUACAGCAGCGAUGCCGGGCCGCGCGCUGCUUCUGAGGCUCCGGCAGCUGGACGCCUACCCCAAGCCCCUGGACGACUUCAGGGUGAAGACGUUCGGGGGCGCCGCGGUCACCAUCGUGAGCGGCCUCAUCAUGUCGGUGCUCUUCCUGUCGGAGCUGCAAUACUACCUCACUAAAGAGGUGCACCCGGAGUUAUUUGUGGACACGACGCGUGGAGACAAGCUGAGGAUCAACUUGGACGUGGUCUUCCCCCGUAUGGCGUGCGCGUUCCUGAGCCUGGACGCGAUGGACGUCUCCGGGGAGACGCAGAUCGACGUGGAGCACACGCUCUUCAAGAAGCGCCUCGACGCCCGCGGGCAGCCCGUGGCGGCCGAGGAGGAGAAGCACGAAAUCGGUAAGCUGGAGGAGAUUCCAGACCCCACGGCGCUCGACCCCAACCGAUGCGAGAGCUGCUACGGCGCCAACGCCACCGACCUGCAGUGCUGCAACACAUGCGACGACGUGCGCGAGGCCUACCGGCGGAAGGGCUGGGCCUUCAAGAACCCCGAGGUGAUCGAGCAGUGCCGGCGCGAGGGAUUCUCCAACAAGGUCCGCGAGCAGAAGGAUGAGGGCUGCCGCGUCUACGGGCACCUGGAGGUGAACAAGGUGGCAGGCAACUUCCACUUUGCUCCUGGGAAGAGCUUUCAGCAGGCUCACAUUCACGUCCACGCCCUCGAGCUGCAUGAAUUUAAUCCAUUUGGCAUGGACAAGUUCAACUUGACGCACCACAUCGCCCACCUGUCCUUCGGCCGAGAUUACCCCGGCAUCGUGAACCCUCUCGACGGCACCAAGUCGGUCUCCAACGAAGAUUUCAUGAUGUUCCAGUACUUUGUUAAAAUCGUGCCAACGGUCUACGUGAAGCUAAACGGAGAGGAGCUGCGCACGAACCAGUUCUCGGUGACGAAGCACGAGAAGGUGGCCAAUGGGCUGGCGGGCGACCAGGGCCUCCCCGGCGUGUUCGUCUCCUAUGAGCUGUCGCCCAUGAUGGUGCGCUUCACCGAGAAGCAGAGAUCAUUCACCCACUUCCUCACCGGCGUGUGCGCCAUCAUCGGCGGCGUCUUCACAGUGGCCGGACUGAUAGACUCCAUGAUUUACCACUCGGCGAGAGCCAUUCAGAAGAAGAUCGACCUGGGCAAGACGACAUAACGCAGCUUGCCAGGAAGCUGCGUUCCCUCUACACUGUAGGCAUUUUAUUUAAGAACAUACUUCAGGUGCGUGCGCGCGGUUUUUUUUUUAUUAGCAGCCCAGACAAAAGGGUAGUGUGUUACCAAAGCAAUCUUUGUUCUGUCAUGCACAGCCCCACGACGAGGAGAAUGCUCGCCAUCGGGACACGCUGGGGCCGAGAGCGUUUCCCAAGCUCGCCGGCAUGCGCCUGGCAGCGGUCCAGCGUCAUGUGUGGCCAACUCGUAAACGAAUGCCGGUCGCUCGCUAGCGCAGCCCGUUCACCGCGCACGGCUCUGCGGCCGCCGGCUCCUCGUGACGCUGCCGCGGUUGGACGGUCGUUCGUCGUCCGCGGCCCCGGCGGCUGCCGGACCACCGACGCGUUUCCCCGUUCUCGUUUCCGCGCGGCGUCUUUUGUCACGCCGGGCCGCGGGCCCCUCGCCGCUCCGGUUCGAAGAGUUACCGAAGACCCCGCCUCGGGUUCUCCUGCCUCGGGUGACGCGUGCGGGUGGAUUCAGUGAUGAUGAUGAUGAUGGCAAUGCUGCGAUCCGCUGAACUCAAGUCAAGCACGGGGUGAUUUUUGUUGUGCCCUGUGAGAACUCGGGAGACCAGGAUGAGUCUCGUCGUCACCACAGCGACGACAGCGAAACAACUCGCGUCAAGUACAGCAAUAAAGCAAAUUGGAAUCGGAGUGAAUACAGCGUCACAUGAGGAAUCUAAAUUAUUCCCAGCAGUGGAAGUCGGCUCGGGCAGAUUGUUUUUAAGACUGAUCACAGGACAAUGACAAUUGAGUUUCAGAAACGUGAAACAGAUGUCGGGUGACUCGCACCAAUGUGUAAACUGACGGGGAACGUAUGUGUGUACGUAGCCAACUAUGCUCAUCAGAGGUACGGGGGGGGGGGUGGAAACUAAACGAAAAAGCAUUAUAGGGCCAGUCUAAACCUUUGCUUUCAUAUCCAAAACCAUGGCCUCUUAGUAAGGAACAAACAUUGCGACAAAUUCCUAGUGCAUCUGUUGUUACAUAUCUCUUGUUAGAUAUCUGAUAAACUUGCCAAAUUGUAAUAUCUCUAUUUUGCGUGGCAUCGUGGGGAAACAUCACACAUUUUCCAUAAUGGAGGUUUUUUUUCGCUUAAAUAUGAACGUGUCGUUAAACCCGCCACCACCUGACACAGCCAAUUAGUAAGGUUUGUCACGUAAACAAAACGUGCCAAUUGGUUACUAGUUCAACACACCGGUUGUGUGUUGGAGAGUAAACCCACAACAUUUACAAUUCUAAUAUCGUGACAUUUCGCCGGUAAUCACAACAACAACCAGCAUCAUCAGGCGACAGCCAGAAUUGUGGAGAAAUCCUCCUCCUGUUUGGGUCUUGAAUGGUGAUGUGGGGGGCGGUGGGGGCUAGAGUAAAUGUGAUGUCGUCACUUGUGUGUGACACAUUUUGAACGAGAACCGCCUCCCCUGGGAAGCCGUGCGAGGAUUUCUGCGCCAAAACCGCGGCGCUAACAAGCUGCGUCUCGCUGGGCGCGCCGCGACGUCCUCUCGCCGCGACCUGCACACGCUUCCGCCGCGCAGCGAGGAUGGCCUCCUCUUCAACGCCGGUUGGCGCCCGUCAUCAGCGCCGUUGUGUUGUCCCCUGCCGAGGCCCACGUGGCCCUGCGCACCGCAAGUCAUUAAACAGGAGAUGUAAACAAACUUGGCCGUGUCUUAAUCGACCGUGGAGUUAGGCUAAAUGAAAACCGGUAACCGCGUGAACACAACCGGGUAGGGGUUACCGGCGCAUAUAUAAAAUGUCUCACGGUUAAAGCAACGUGUUUCCGUUUUUAACCGAGAAAUGAUGGGAGCUGCCACGGUUGUGGUCGGCGUGCUGCUCGACUUGCGAUCCACAAGUCGCCAGCUCGAUUCCAUCUUCCGGCAGCGUGGCGGUUGAAACAAGAGUUGUUGUUUAACUCGGUGCAUUCAUCACUGACGCUCCACUGCCAUCGGGUACCGCUUCCUGACAUUCAACAUCGUUUCAUCGGUCGUGAAGACGGUCACCGGUGACCAGUCAACGGCCCAGAGACACCGCUGGGCUGAAGGGCUUCUCUCCAGGUGGUACGGGGUGUGGUGGUGCCGGUGCUAGGGACGGCGGGUGACGAGCCGUGGAGGUAUCUCGGCCCGUGGCGCCAAGUGAAUCGACCUCCUCCUUGUGUGAGUGCCGGGUGAGGAUUGGUGACUCUGUCGUGCUCCCUCCCCCCCUCUCUCUCUCCGUGUCGUGAGACGUUAAACUUCAGCGGGUUCGAUGCGUUAAGGCUGCUUCUGUGUCUGGUUGAAUGUCUGAAGGCCGCGUCUGUGUUGGUGAGACGGUGCAGCUUCGGGGUUGCUGUAGGAUUCUGGUAAAUUUCUAUAAAGGUGGAAGUCCACCCUUCGUAAGCUCUCAU